AUGCCUCAGCUUCAUGUGUUAUCUUGCAGAGAAAGACAUCCCGAGAGCUCUUUGCCACCUGAAGAAGACGAGACGAAUACCGAUGACGGAACGGAUUCCGAUGACGAAAUGGAUGUCGAUGAAGCGAUCGGCAAAUUAACGGCUUACGCGUUCAUCGUGCAGCGUGAGGUGGCGGAUAAAUUCGACAUUCAUCCGCUGGUGCGCCUGGUGAUGCGGAACUGGCUUCGAGAAGGAGGGAAAGAGGAGCAGCAGGCUACGGAGACGAUACACUGGCUUUCCAAGAAGUUCCCGUGGCCAAGACAUGAGAAUCGAGACACUUGGAUGGCCUACUUACCGCAUGCACAAGCGGCGCUUCAAGUUCGGGAUCGGUGCACAGAAGAUGAGGCGUUAUGGGACCUACUGUCUAUCACUGGAGAAAGCAAUAACCUGCUUGGAAAGUAUGGCGAGUCAGAGCAGAUGCAUCGGCAGACACUGGAGCUUUGCAAGAAGAUGCUGGGACCCGAGAAUCCCUCCACACUCACCAGCAUGAACAACCUGGCACACGUGCUUGAUAGCCAGGGGAAGUACGACGAGGCAGAGCAGAUACACCGUCAAACACUGGAGCUGAGAGAGAAAGUGUUGGGACCACAAUAUCCUUCGACGCUCGGAACCAGGCGGAACUGA